GGUUUUAUAGGAUCGCAUUAGCAAAAGCACCAUGGAGUUUUAUGAGUCAACAUAUUUUAUUGUUCUUAUUCCUUCAGUAGUUAUUACAGUAAUUUUCCUCUUCUUCUGGCUUUUCAUGAAAGAAACAUUAUAUGAUGAAGUUCUUGCAAAACAGAAAAGAGAACAAAAGCUUAUUCCUACCAAAACAGAUAAAAAGAAGGCAGAAAAGAAAAAGAAUAAAAAGAAAGAACUCCAAAAUGGGAACCUCCAUGAAUCUGAUUCUGAGAGUGUACCCCGGGACUUUAAAUUAUCUGAUGCCUUGGCUGUGGAAGAUGAGCAAGUUGUACCUGUUCCACUGAAUGUGGUUGAAAGUUCAAGUAGUGUUAGAGAAAGAAAGAAGAAGGAAAAGAAACACAAGCCUGUACUAGAAGAACAGGUCACCAAAGAAAGUGAUGUAUCAAAGAUUAUUCCAUGCAAAAAAGUGGAACCUGUCCCAGUUACUAAACAGCCCACCCCCCCCUUGGAAGCAACUGCCUCAAAGAAGAAACCAGGGCAGAAGAAGUCUAAAAAUGGAAGCGAUGAUCAGGAUAAGAAGGUGGAACCUCUCAUGGCACCGUCAAAAAAGCAAGAAUCAUUACCCCUGCAUCAAGAGACUAAACAAGAAGGUGGAUCAGGAAAGAAGAAGGUUUCAUCAAAGAAGCAAAAGACUGAAAAUGUCUUGGUAGAUGAACCCCUUAUUCAUGCAACAACUUAUAUUCCUUUGAUGGAUAAUGCUGAUUCAAAUCCUGUGGUGGAUAAGAGAGAGGUUAUUGAUCUGAUUAAACCUGACCAAGUAGAAGGAAUUCAGAAAACAGGGGCUAAAAAACUGAAGAUUGAAGCUGAUAAAGAGAAUGCUGAAGUAAAAUUUAAAGAUUUUCUUCUGUCCUUGAAGACUAUGAUGUUUUCUGAAGAUGAGGCCCUUUGUGUUGUAGACCUGCUAAAGGAAAAGUCUGGUGUGAUACAGGAUGCUCUAAAGAAGUCAAAUAAAGGAGAGUUGACUGCACUUGUACAUCAGCUUCAAGAAAAAGACAAGUUACUUACUGCUCUGAAGGAAGAUGCUGCUGCUCUGAAGGAUCGGUGUAAGCAGUUAACCCAGGAAAUGAUGGCAGAGAAAGAAAGAAGCAAUGUAGUUAUAGCAAGGAUGAAAGAUCGGAUUGGAACAUUAGAAAAGGAACAUAAUGUGUUUCAAAGCAAAAUGCAUGUCAGUUACCAAGAGACUCAACAGAUGCAGAUGAAGUUCCAGCAAGUUCGUGAGCAGAUGGAGGCAGAGAUAGCUCAUUUGAAGCAGGAAAAUGGCAUACUGAGAGAUGCUGUCAGCAACACUACCAACCAGCUAGAAAGCAAGCAGUCCGCUGAACUAAAUAAACUGCGCCAGGAUUAUGCUAGGUUGGUGAAUGAGCUGACUGAGAAAACAGGGAAGUUGCAGCAAGAGGAAGUCCAAAAGAAGAAUGCUGAGCAGGCAGUUACUCAGUUGAAGGUUCAACUGCAAGAAGCUGAGAGAAGGUGGGAAGAAGUCCAGAGCUAUAUUAGGAAGAGAACAGCAGAGCAUGAAGCAGCUCAGCAAGAUUUACAGAGUAAAUUUGUGGCCAAAGAAAAUGAAGUACAGAGUCUGCAUAGUAAGCUUACAGAUACCUUGGUAUCAAAACAACAGUUGGAGCAAAGGCUAAUGCAGUUAAUGGAAUCGGAGCAAAAAAGGGUGAACAAAGAAGAGUCUCUACAAAUGCAAGUUCAGGAUAUUUUGGAGCAGAAUGAGGCUUUAAAAGCUCAAAUUCAACAAUUCCAUUCCCAGAUAGCAGCCCAGACAUCCGCUUCAGCUCUAGCAGAAGAGUUACAUAAAGUGAUUGCAGAAAAGGAUAAGCAGAUAAAACAGACUGAAGAUUCUUUAGCAAAUGAACAUGAUCAUUUAGCAAGUAAAGAGGAGGAACUUAAGGAUAUACAGAAUAUGAAUUUCUUAUUAAAAGCUGAAGUGCAAAAAUUACAGGCCCUGGCAAAUGAACAGGCUGCUGCUGCACAUGAACUGGAGAAGAUGCAAAAAAGUAUUCACGUUAAGGAUGAUAAAAUAAGAUUGCUUGAAGAGCAGCUACAAUGUGAAAUUUCAAACAAAAUGGAAGAAUUUAAGAUUCUAAAUGACCAAAAGAAAGCAUUACAAUUAGAAGUUCAGAAGCUACAGACUCUUAUUUCUGAACAGCCUAAAAAAGAUGUUUUGGAACAAAUGGAAAGAUGCAUUCAAGAAAAAGAUGAGAAGUUGAAGACUGUAGAAGAAUUACUUGAAACUGGACUUAUUCAGGUGGCCACUAAAGAGGAAGAACUGAAUGCAAUAAGAACAGAAAAUUCAUCUCUGACAAAAGAAGUUCAAGACUUAAAGGCCAAGCAGAAUGAUCAGGUUUCCUUUGCAUCACUAGUUGAAGAACUUAAGAAAGUGAUCCAUGAAAAAGAUGGGAAGAUCAAGUCUGUGGAAGAGCUUCUGGAAGCUGAACUUCUCAAAGUUGCUAAUAAGGAGAAAACUAUUCAGGAUUUGAAACAGGAAAUAGAGGCUCUAAAAGAAGAAAUAGGAAAUAUCCAGCUUGAAAAGGCUCAACAGUUAUCUAUCACUUCUCAAGUUCAAGAACUUCAGAACUUAUUAAAAGGAAAGGAGGAACAGAUGAAUACCAUGAAGACUGUUUUAGAAGAGAAGGAGAAAGACCUAGCCAAUAAACGGAAAUGGUUACAGGAUCUUCAAGAAGAAAAUGAAUCUUUGAAAGCUCACGUUCAGGAGGUAGCACAACAUAACUUGCGAGAGGCGUGUUCUGCCUCACGAUUUGAAGAACUUGAGAUUGUGUUGAAAGAAAAGGAAAAUGAAAUGAAGAAAUUAGAAACUGUGCUAAAAGAAAGGGAGAGUGAUCUUUCUAGAAAAACAAAGCUGUUACAGGAAGUACAAGAUGAAAACAAAUUGUUUAAAUCCCAAAUUGAGGAGCUUAAGCAGCAGAACUGCCAACAGGCAUCUUCUUUUCCCCCUCAUGAAGAACUAUUAAAAGUAAUUUCAGAAAGAGAGAAAGAAAUAACUGGUCUCCAGAAUGAGUUAGUUUCUUUGAAGGAUGCUGUUGAACACCAGAGGAAGAAAAACAAUGACCUUCGGGAGAAAAACUGGGAAGCAAUGGAAGCAUUGGCAUCAACUGAAAAAAUGCUGCAGGACAAAGUGAACAAGACUUCCAAGGAAAGACAACAGCAUGUGGAAGCUGUUGAGUUAGAAGCUAAAGAAGUUCUCAAAAAAUUAUUUCCAAAGGUGUCUGUACCUUCUAAUUUGAGUUAUAGUGAAUGGUUGCAUGGAUUUGAAAAGAGGGCAAAAGAAUGUGUGGCUGGAACUUCAGGUUCAGAAGAGGUUAAGGUUUUAGAGCACAAGUUGAAAGAAGCUGAUGAAAUGCACACAUUGUUACAGCUAGAGUGUGAAAAAUACAAAUCCGUCCUUGCAGAAACAGAAGGAAUUUUACAGAAACUACAGAGAAGUGUGGAGCAAGAAGAGAAUAAAUGGAAAGUUAAGGUCGAUGAAUCACAAAAGACUAUUAAACAGAUGCAAUUGUCAUUCACAUCUUCGGAGCAAGAGCUAGAGCGAUUAAGAAGAGAAAAUAAAGAUACUGAAAAUCUGAGAAGAGAACGAGAGCAUUUGGAAAUGGAGCUAGAGAAGGCAGAAAUGGAACGAUCUACCUAUGUUACGGAAGUCAGAGAGCUGAAAGAUCUGUUGACUGAAUUGCAGAAAAAACUUGAUGAUUCAUAUUCUGAAGCAGUAAGACAGAAUGAAGAGCUAAAUUUGUUAAAGAAGCAGUUAAAUGAAACACUUGCAAAACUUAGAACUGAACAAAGUGAAAGACAGAAGGUAGCUGGUGACUUGCAUAAGGCUCAACAGUCACUGGAUCUUAUCCAGUCAAAAAUAGUAAAAGCUGCUGGAGACACUACUGUUAUUGAGAAUAGUGAUGUUUCCCGAGAAACGGAGUCUUCUGAGAAGGAGACAAUGUCUGUAAGUCUAAAUCAGACUGUAACACAGUUACAGCAGUUACUUCAGGCAGUAAACCAACAGCUCACAAAGGAGAAAGAACACUAUCAGGUAUUAGAGUGAAGUAAUUGGGAAACUGUUCAUUCAAGGAUAACAGAAGGCAUUGUAUUAUAUUUUGCCAAAUUAAAGCCUUAUUUAUGUUUUCACCCUUUCUACUUUGUCAGAAACACUGAACAGAGUUUUGUCUUUUCUAAUCCUUGUUAGACUACUGAUUUAAAGAGAGAGAAAAAAGCCAACUCUGUAGACACCUUCAGAGUUUAGUUUUAUAAUAAAAACUGUUUGAAUAAUUAGACCUUUACAUUCCUGAAAAUAAAAUAAACAUGUAAUCUUUUAUUUUGCUCAAUAAAAUUGUUCAGAAGAUCAAAAGUGGUAAAGACAAUGUAAAAUUUAACAUUUUAAUACUGAUGUUGUACACUGUUUUACUUAACAUUUUGGGGAGCAGCUGCCUCUGACUUCAACUCAAGAAAACACUUUUUGUUGCUAAUGUAAUCGGUUUUUGUAAUGACGUCAGCAAAUAAAGGGAUGCUUAUUAUUCAGACU